UCAUGCAUCCAGCAACUCAGAUAUCAGGUCAUUGAAUCAUCGUAACCCCCAUUUUCAUAUGGCCAGUGUUAGUGCAACCUUAAAACCUGUUGGAUCACCAAAGAAAAUCACACUAAACCGACCAGAAUUGCUGGCCGCUGACGUGCACAAUAAACUGAAGCAGCAAAACCGACACGAGCCGCUGAACGCUAACCUCAGAUUCAGUCCGCACAGAAGAGCGAAGGCUCCUCAGGCUGUCACCGCCGGUGCUCCUUCGGAGAGCACAUCUGCAGAGCUCCAGUACGGUCCGUUGGCAAACUACGUCCCCCUCUUCGUUAUGCUUCAGCUAGGAGUUGUCAGUAGAGAAAACGAACUCCCGAACGAAGACAAGCUGGAGAAGCAACUCAAGAAGCUGAAGGAAGUGGGAGUGGACGGAGUGAUGGUUGAUGUGUGGUGGGGGAUUACAGAGGCCAAAGGACCAAAGCUCUAUGACUGGUCUUCCUACAGGAGACUGUUCCAACUAGUACAGAAAUCUGGACUACGAAUUCAGGCUAUAAUGUCGUUCCACCAAUGUGGAGGCAACGUUGGAGACGCUGUCUACAUUCCUAUUCCAGAUUGGGUUCUUGCUGUCGGAGAGAAAGAUCCAGAUAUCUUCUAUACUAACAGAUCGGGGAAUAGGAACAAGGAGUACCUCUCUCUCGGUGUCGAUAACCUGCCUCUCUUUCAAGGCCGAACUGCUGUUGAGAUGUACAGGGACUACAUGAAGAGUUUCAGAGAGAGCAUGUCCGACUUUUUCGAAAGCGGAAGCAUCAUAGACAUCGAAAUAGGACUCGGUCCAGCCGGAGAGCUCAGAUAUCCGUCGUAUCCAGAAACUCAGGGCUGGAAGUUCCCUGGAAUUGGAGAAUUCCAAUGCUACGACAAGUAUCUCAAACAAGAUUUCCAGGCGGCUGCAGUGAAGGCCGGGCACCCUGAGUGGGAGCUGCCUGACAAUGCAGGAACGUACAAUGACACGCCUGAGCAAACAGGCUUCUUCGCGGCAAACGGGACUUACCUGACAGAAAACGGGAAAUUUUUCCUGGAAUGGUAUUCCAACAAGCUGAUAGAACAUGGUGAUCAAAUUCUUGACGAAGCCAAUGAAGUAUUCCAGGGGUGCAAAGUCAGGUUAGCUGCUAAAGUUUCUGGUAUCCACUGGUGGUACACGGAUGAUAGUCAUGCCUGCGAGCUGACAUCAGGAUACUACAAUGUGAAAGACAGGGAUGGAUACCGUCCCCUUGCGAGGAUGAUCUCUCGACAUUAUGGUACUCUGAACUUCACUUGUCUUGAAAUGAGAAACUUGGAGCAACCAGCCGACGCUAAAUCAGCACCUGAACAGCUUGUUCAACAGGUUUUGAGCAGUGGAUGGAGAGAGAACAUUGAUGUCGCCGGUGAGAAUGCACUUUCACGGUACGAUCGCGCAGGUUACAACCAAAUCCUUCUAAAUGUUAGGCCAAAUGGGGUCGGCAAAAAUGGACCACCGAAGCAGAAGAUGGCUGGAGUGACAUACCUCCGCCUGUCGGAUGAGCUAUUAGAGCCCAAGAAUUUCAGGAUAUUUAAACUAUUUGUGAAGAAAAUGCAUGCCGAUCAGGACUACUGUCGGGACAUGACAGACUUUGCCCCUUUGCUGAGAUCAAAAUCGAAGAUUCCUGUGGAUGAGCUUUUGGAGGCCACCAAAUCAGUCAAACCAUUCCCAUGGAAUAGAGAAACAGAUAUGAGCGUUGGGGGUGCUUUAGCCGACUAUUUGGAUAAUCUGUUCAACAACUUCUUUUCAAUUUUGAACUAAGUCGAAAUGAUUGUUGUAAGAAAUUGAUGUGCAUGUAAAAAUAAAGGGUUAAUAGACCCUCCUUCAUUUUA